UCAUACCUAGUUCGUUGAUCUUUUCAAGAUACUCCAAUAUAUUAACCGAACUAUGGCUGAAGGGCGGAUUGAUUCUGCUUCAAGUGAUUCCGACGAUGGAGACGAUGAGCAAAUGCGUCAGUUUCUGGAAGCAGCUGACAGCACAUUGCUUACAAACGCCAUGUUUCGAGGAUCAGAGGAUUGUAGUCACGUAAAAGAGAGUCUGGAUAAAAAAGUGGACGUGUUCAUAUGUGAACAAAAAGCUCCCAGAUCUAAUCGCUAUUUGGUAGAAGAGGAAGUGAAAUCCGACGCAGAUUUUAUCACAACGGAAGCAGUAAGGAAACAUAUCGCAAAAAAGUUAUCCGAACUAAUAAUGAGUCGUGUGGAAUUCUGUGACUUUCAAACUCUGAAUAUUGCGCAGAAACCAUGGAAAAGUCGUGUUACAAUUUUAGCAGACGCAGGCUGCUAUGUAAAGUCAUACGAAGAAUUUGAAUUCGAAUCCAAAGGCCCAACAAAAAAACCCGUCAUAAAGAAGCGUAGAAUAGAUGACCCAAAUCAAGCGGCAAAGCAAGAAGAUUUAUUUAAAGAGGCAGCAGUAACGUCUAAAGACAUCCUAAGUGGUCAGCUCAUAACCGGUUGGGCGUCAAAGCGCCUACGAAAAGGCAAAGUUUUUAAUUAUGAAAGCGAUUGCAUAGGAAAUCUUCACCUAAAGCCUGAGGAAAAUGAAUUUACGAAAAUUCGCAGAAAAAAUCAAUGGCAUGAAUCCAAAAUCAAACGAAAUAAAAAUAUUACUUCCAGAUGAAU